UCUUGUCCAUGACCCAUGUCAGACGAAUGUUGAAACUAGAACUUAUAGUUUUCUUAAUCUCAAAUACUACAUUACAUAGUACAUUGUAAAUACUAUACAUAAUAGUCCAAUAUUCUAAUAUUCACAGUUUACACUGGUUACUCAUUUUCAAUACUCAUUUUAUAAAUAUUGGAUUAUCAGCAUUCACCCAAUCGUACUAAAUUUGCAGCGUUUGAUCACCAUCACUCGUUUUCACCUAUAUAUUUUUAAUUCUCAUUAACUCUGUUCUCCGUUUUUAUACUGUAGUUAAUAUUCUGUUAAAUUAAUUAUCUUAAAUUUUUUUGUUAAUUUUUCAUUUGAGUGUUUAUAGUUAUACCUAACCUUAUAUUAAUUUAUAUAUCGUUUCAACUAUAAUUCAAAGGCGCAUUUCAAUUCGUUCAAUUAUUGCCAAAUAAUUGAGUUGUGUAGGUAAUAGUUAUUACAUUAUUUUUCAAUAGAUUCAAACUAAUCAUGAUGAAUGGAAGUAUUGGCUUGCAACAACAACCAUUUAUUAACACACUAUCAACGGCUAAUUCCAACAACUACCAACCUGCAUCCGUCUCAGCACCUACCAUGUCAAAUGGUACAGAAGAGGAACCAGAAGCUAAAAUACCAAAACUUGAAGUGAAUGGAACUGCAUCAUUCACUACAGCACCGUAUGAUUUCAACCAAGUUGGCACUUUAAUCUCAGGUCCUGGUUCAAGACUUGGUAUUUUAGGUGCUCUUGCUGCUCCUUUAAUCAAAUUAAGUACGGAACAAAAUGAAGCUGUGGCUAAAGCUAAAAAAUAUGCUAUGGAACAAAGUAUUAAAAUGGUAUUAAUGAAACAAACAUUAGCCCACCAACAACAACAAGCUAAGUCAUUCCAUCGUCACCAAGCUUUAAUACUGAUGUGCAGAGUAUAUGUUGGAAGUAUUAGUUUUGAACUUAAAGAAGACUCAAUUAAACAAGCAUUUUCACCAUUUGGUUGUAUUAAAUCAAUUAACAUGUCUUGGGAUCCUAUCACUCAAAAGCACAAAGGUUUUGCAUUUGUUGAAUAUGAAAUACCAGAAGCUGCUCAGCUUGCACUUGAACAAAUGAAUGGAGUAAUGCUUGGUGGUCGAAAUAUUAAAGUUGUUGGGCGUCCCAGCAAUAUGCCACAAGCACAAUCUGUCAUUGACGAAAUACAAGAAGAAGCUAAACAAUAUAACCGUAUUUAUGUAGCAUCAAUACAUCCUGACUUAACUGAAGAUGAUAUAAAAAGUGUAUUUGAAGCAUUUGGUCCCAUAAGAACAUGUAAGCUCGCACAAGGUAGUACACCGAAUAGACAUCGUGGCUAUGGUUUCAUUGAGUAUGAAGGUCGUCAAGCGGCUAUUGAAGCAAUAUCUUCAAUGAACCUUUUUGAUCUUGGAGGCCAGUAUUUACGAGUUGGACGUGCUAUUACUCCUCCAAAUGCUCUUCAUGGUCCUUCAUCUUCAAGUCAUAUGCCUACAGCUGCUGCUGUUGCAGCUGCAGCAGCUACUGCAAAAAUUCAAGCAAUGGAUGCAGUUGCUACAAAUGCAGUUUUAGGUUUAAGUAAAUUAAGUUCUCAAUUAGGUGCUCAAACUGCUGUUUUACCUGGUUUACAACAGUUACCUACUACGUUAGGUAUAACUCCUGCUGUUCCAGCUGUUACUAUACCACCACCAGGAAUAGCUAUACCACAACAAAUUAGAGCUACAGUACCAAUAAUACCAGGAACCACAGGAUUGAGUCCAGUUAUUCAACAAGCUAUACCUCCACCAACACUUAUAAAUCCUACACAAUUAGCAGCCCCUGUGAUACCAACAGUUACAGCAGAUGCACAAAAACGAGUUGAUCAACAAAAAAAACAAGAAGAAUUACAAAAAAAAUUAUUGGAAGAAACUGAACCUCAAACAUUGCAGCAACAAGAAAAUAUGUCUAUUAAAGGUCAAAGUGCUAGACAUCUUGUUAUGCAAAAAUUAAUGCGGAAAACUGAGAGUAGAGUUGUUAUACUUAGAAACAUGGUUGGUGUUGAAGAUGUGGAUGACAGUUUACAAGAAGAAAUUCAAGAUGAAUGUAGCAAUUGUUUCCAGUUGCCUUCCGAGUAUGAGAGAUGGCAAUCUAUUUCUCUGAAUAGCCUGUCUAGACAGAAAAGCCUCCAGUGACAGUGUUUGAACCAGUAACGAUGCACAUUAACAUUGCUGUCUUAUUCUACUCAGCCACUCAGUCCCACUUAUUAUUAAUAAUAAAUUUAAUUUAAAUUGUGUAUUAAUAUAUUAUUUUAUAUAGAUUUGGUGUUGUUGAACGUGUUAUUAUUUAUAAAGAAAAACAAUCAGAUAGUGUUGAUGAUGAUUCAGAUACAAUUGUAAAAAUAUUUGUAGAG